ACUCUCUCUCUAGCCAAUCAUAUCUGCCCUCAUGCACUACCUGUUGAAACGUAAUGGAUAAUUUUGAAUAAGAUAUUUAUACUAUGGUUCAAACCCACCUAUUAUAUAGUCCACCUUUAUUUUGGAUCAGAAGAAUUUCACCAAAGGAUUCCAAAUCUUUGUAGGUAUUUGUGACCUUUUUUCUUGUCCUAAAACUUGGGUUCUCUUGAAAAGCCCAUUUUCAUGACAACAAUGGUGAGUUAGGAGAGAAAGCCACCAGCUUAUAAGCAUUGGUUAAUGACUUAUUUACCACAAAUUCAUGUUGGGGCUCUUUCUUGAUGCAACAAUGCUGACUGUUUGCUCAGCUGCCCCUGGCAGUUCACAAUACCAGAUCAAUUGGUAUGGUGGGCCAAGAACCUUUGCCCCGUGGAAGAAAACUGUUGUGUACAAAUGCAUCCUGGAAGAGGGGUUUCCCUAUGGUGUAAGAAGUAGAACUCAUACUUUGACAGAUUUGUUAAAGACACAUGCUGUAAGAUUUGAGUGUGAUCAUGUUCUUGUGAGAUCUGAACCAUCAGCCUCAGUAAACUGCACAAACACUUUACUUAAAGAUGCUAUGAAUUCAGAUUUAUCAGAUUAUUUACAUGAAUUUACAUUCAAGCAAGCCUAUAAUUGGCCACAACCACCAUAUGAUAGCUACUCAUUGAGAGCAGUAGAUGAAUCAUAUCCUGUAGAUGAUGUGCCAGCAUAUGUAGAAGAUACAACUAUAUCUGAACCAGUAGAAUCUUUAUCCUCUAAUGGGGUAGAAAAUGAUAUAGAAAAUAAUCUAAAUGUUCAAGAUGGUGUGGGAGAACCAUCCAUGUCCUCAUCAAUGGAGUCACAGUACAAUUAUCCUAAUGGAAAUGAGCUUCCAGAUUCUCUUCCUCUACCUAGUCAAAAUGGAAUAGAAGUUUAUUCUGAAUCAAAUGCUUCUGAAUCUCUUCCUAUAGAAAAUGCAGAACAAUAUACAUCUAAGAUUCAAGAGUCAAUGGACAGUUCAGUUGAUAGGGCCACCGGUGCUAUGAAGAACACAUACAGUCAUAUCACUUCAACAAUUGAGGACUCCAUCAAGAAUACAAUGAAAACUGUCGAACAUGCAAUAAAUGAUAUCAUUUCCUCAGCUGAUGACACGGGGAGACUUGUAAAGGGCAGAUUUGUGGAUUUCACAGGUGACGUCAAGGAAGGUGCUUCUAAGGCAGCAGACAUGGCCAUCAUUUUCCUAAGACAAGGUGUAGUCGCUGUGGAGAAUUCUUUAGCAAAUGCUGCAUCUUUUGUUGUUUAUUCAUAUGGGUCUGCAAAGAAUUUACUUCCAUUAGAAACUCAGAAUGCAGUAAAUUCCUCCGAAGAAAAAGUUCAAGAAAUCUUCAGCCCACUUGGGCCAGUUUUUCAACAGGUGCAACUUGCCAUUGAAGGGUUAGAAAAAAGUCUUGGUCUGGACCCUAAUGAUCCAAUUCUUCAUUUUGUUCUGUUUCUUGGGAGUUCAGCUACUGUGGGAAUUUCUUAUUGGAUCUUUAAGUAUGGUGGAUACUCUGGUGACUUGUCUCCUAAAUUGGCCUUGGAGAUGCUAGUGAAGGAGGACAGUGCUGUUCUUAUUGAUAUCCGGUCUGAGGAUGAGAAAGAGAGAGAUGGUGUACCAGAUCUUAGAAGAGGGGUCCGGUUCAGAUAUGCAAGUGUAAAUAUCCCAAAGGUAGAUGAUACUUUGAUGAAGGUUUUGAAGAACGGCAAAGAAAUUAACUAUGUUUUGGUUGCAGCUGUCAUUAGAAAUUUGAAAUUAGUCAAUGACAGCUCCAAGGUCAUAGUCUUGGAUGCAAAUGGUUCUCAUUCAAAAAGUGUUGCGAGAUCCCUGAGGAGACUUGGUGUUAAGAGGCCUUACCUUGUUCAAGGUGGUUUUAUAUCAUGGGUCAAAGAUGGUUUUCGUGUUAAAGAUCUUAAAACUGUGACAGCGUUGACAAUCUUGAUUGAGGAAACUGAGGAAAUCAUUGAGGAUAUCAAGCCAACCCCUGGGAAAAUUAUUGCAUCUUCUGCGGCACUCAUAGCUGCCAUCUAUGCUUUAGUGGAAUGGGAGAAAACAUUGCAAUACAUUGGCAUUUUCGGUCUCGGACAGACCCUUUAUAAACGGAUUUCUUCAUAUGAGGAUUCAGAAGAUCUAAAGGAAGAUUUGAGGUUGUUAUUAACGCCUGUGAGAACUGGAGGCAAGGCAUUUGCAUGGGCAGUGGGGCAGCUCAAGCCCACCAAGAUGAAAUUGCCAAUGUCCCCUUCGACAACAGCUGUCCAAACACGUGUUCUCCAAGCCGCCGCAAAGCAUUCUUCACCUGUCGAACAGAGUACCCCCCCCUCAACUGAGAACUUGGACCCCAAAGAGGCAUGAAAUAUUUUUUUGUUUCUUUCUCAAAAUGAAUUAUUCUUCUUCUUUCUUGGAGAAUAUAAAAUCACAUAAAUAUUCCACUAUGCAAUUUAACAUCAUAGUUUCUUGUAGUGGUUUUCAUUUGAAGCACAACGAUGCUCCUCACAGUGAGUGUGGGACCAAUGUGAUGUUUAUACCAGUGGAUAAUAUGAUAUUCAA